UGCUCAGAGUGUGGAAAGAGAUUCAGUCGGAGUGGCCUUCUUCAAAGUCAUCAGAGAACCCACACAGGGGAGAGACCUUUUGAGUGCCCAGAGUGUGGGAAGAGGUUUAGUCAGAGUGGCACUCUUCAAAGUCAUCAGAGAACCCACACAGGGGAGAGACCUUUUGAAUGCUCAGAGUGUGGGAAGAGGUUCAGUCGGAGUGGCACUCUUCAAAAGCAUCAUAGAACCCACACAGGGGAGAGACCUUUUGAAUGCUCAGAGUGUGGGAAGAGGUUCAGUCAUAGUUGCAAUCUUCAAAGGCAUCAGAGAACCCACCCAGGGGAGAGACCUUUUAAAUGCUUAGAGUGUGGGAAGCGGUUCAGUGGGAGAAAGCAUCUUCAAAGUCAUCAGAGAACCCACACACAGGAGAGACCUUUUGAAUGCUCAGAGUGUGGAAAGAGGUUCCGUCAGAGUUGCCAUCUUCAAAGUCAUCAGAGAACCCACACAGGGGAGAGACCUUUUGAAUGCUCAGAGUGUGCAAAGAGAUUCAGUCAGAGUUGCCAUCUUCAAAGUCAUCAGAGAACCCACACAGGGGAGAGACCUUUUGAAUGCUCAGAGUGUGGAAAGAGAUUCAGUCACAGUUGCAGUCUUCAAAAGCAUCAGAGAACCCACACAGGGGAGAAUCCUUUUGAAUGCUCAGAGUGUGGAAAGAGAUUCAGUCAGAAUUGCCAUCUUCAAAGUCAUCAGAGAACCCACACAGGGGAGAGACCUUUUGAAUGCUCAGAGUGUGGAAAGAGAUUCAGUCACAGUUGCAGUCUUCAAAAGCAUCAGAGAACCCACACGGGGGAGAGACCUUUUGAAUGCUCAGAGUGUGGAAAGAGAUUCAGUCACAGUUGCAGUCUUCAAAAGCAUCAGAGAACCCACACAAGGGAGAGACCUUUUGAAUGCUCAGAGUGUGGAAAGAGAUUCAGUCAGAGUGGCCAUCUUCAAAGUCAUCAGAGAAGCCACACAGGGGAGAGACCUUUUGAAUGCUCAGAGUGUGGAAAGAGAUUCAGUCACAGUUGCCAUCUUCAAAGUCAUCAGAGAACCCACACA